CAUCUGUCUGCAUCAGUUCCAAAGAAGGGCGUCAGUGGAGUAUUUUUAUAUUGUUUUGGUUACAGAAAUUUGUUGCAAGGCAGCAUAUUUGCGAAUUUCGAAAUUAGCAUGUACGCUAAAACGCGCUGCCUAAAAUUGUGAUGAAGUCAAUCUGAAUCAUCAAAGUGACAACUUCGCUCCCAUUUUCGAUCGUUGUGUCUAUGUGUUGGUGAAAUCGAAGCAACACGUCGAACAGCUGUGAUGAAUUUGGGCUUGCUUUCCAUCAACUGAUCGCGAUUGAUUGUGUGCACUGUUUGUAAACAAAGCGAGCUGCAGCAUACCAGUUUUCACGUAAAUUAUAUGUGUAUAACAAGCUGAAAUGGCUGAAAAGGGUCUUGCUAAACGCAUAUCGGUGUCCGCUUCAUCGAAGAACCGAAUGAGUCUGCCUUCAGGGAGUGGCAUCACAGCUGGACUAGGUCCUACUUCUGCGUCGGGAACAAAGCUGCCGAUACCGAAAGCUUUAGCAGUCAAUACGGGAGUUCCUUCACCAGGUUCACCGGGAGAAGUUCCGCUUAUUCCGUACAUCAAAACCGCUGAUAAUGGCAAAGUGCUUCCGAAGUACACUGUUGCUUUAUCCAGCACUACCGAGGAUCUGAUCCCAGCGGAAGAUUUGGAUGCGAUUCAGCUUGAACUUGAAUUACUCAUGUCUACCGUAGCUCUUCGAUACCGUGUGCUGAAGAGUGAAAUUGAAACGAUUGACAAGGCGGAUGAGCGUCGUGAGCGGAAAGGUAAAUUUAUCGAGAAGGCACCUGCCUCGCCCGGUAAGAAAAAGCGUCUGGAAGAGAAGCAAAAGUUACGUGAGAGCGCGGGAAAACUUUUCGGUCAUCAUAUGAAGUUAUCCAAGAUGAAAAAUAUGUCUUCGCUUAUCCCUCCUUCGCCUGCCCCGUCGCAAAAUACGGAUGACAGCUCCGAUGCGGUUCCAUUUUUACCAGCAAAUCACCACAUACAACACGUCAUCACGGAUAAUACCAAACUGUUGCUACCUAAAAAUGAUACACCAAAUAAAUUUUGGAUGUCGGUCGAGCCAUACUGUAUGCCGAUAACUCAUGAGGAUCUCAAGCUGCUGAAUGAUCUGCUGGAGGAAUAUUCAGGUCCAUUGAUUCCACCGAUUCCGGAGCUGGGACCCCAUUACAGCACCCAAUGGGCAGCCGAUGAUAUCAAGGAGGAACAGGAUAAUUCGAAGAAAAGCAAGGGACUUACCAACGGAGAUGUAGCAAAGAAGGAGAAAGUAAUUGGCGAAGGCAUAACUGGUCCAUUAACACAACGAUUGGUGUCCGCUUUAAUGGAGGAAAACCUUCUGCCCGAUUGCAAUAGCACAAGCAAUGAGAAUAGUAACAGUAGUUCGGAUGUUGGCCACGGUAACUCCAGAAGUGCGGUUUCCCUUCUGAAAAAUGGCAUUAGCAUCGAGCGUAGGCUACGUAAAGAGUUGAUCGAUCAGGGAAUCUUAGAUGACGAUGAUAUGCCGAAAAGCCAACAGGACGACGAAAUUUUGUCGGAAAUAAAUCGUGUUCGCACGGAGAUAGCCGUUAUCGCGGAGUACAACUCGAAUGAAAUUCGGAAGCUGCAAUCGAUGGCUCAGGAUGAGAUGAAACGGAUCGAGGUUAAGAGAAAGUUGGAUCGGGUCGAUCAAGAGAUUAUAGAAUGCUACAAGAAGAUAAUGGCUGCCAGAUUGAAGCGUCGUCCUUUGACCAAACCGGAACGCGAUGAGGCUUACCGCCUGGCGGAAGAACAGAAACGUUUGUCGGAUCAAUUAGAACUAAUGCCAGUGCACGGACCGUUUGGUAGCAAUUAAGUAUCGGGAGCAUUUAUCUGUAACUCUGAAAAAGCUAUUGAAUCCGUUCAAGUAAUUGAUGGCACUAUCUGGGUAAAAAUUUCGGUCUGUCCUAUGAGAUUGGAUUGGAUUUUUUAAGAUUCGUGUUAAUAGAGUUAUACACAUUUGAAAUAGGUGGUGUUAGAUUUUAAACAUUGAAUAUAAACAUGCAUUAUGAAGUCCGAAUAAACACAAAGUCACCAACUGUUGUCAA